AUGGUGGUGGUGAUGACGCCAAGGGCUCCGGUGGUGGUGAUUUUGGUGUUGAUGGUUAUGAUCGGUGGUUUACAAGCGGCGGAAAUAUGCAAUAUGACUGAGGAUGGUUUGAUGGCAUGCAAACCGUCAGUGACAACCGAGAAACCAGUGUACCCGAGCCCAGAGUGUUGUAAGGCGGUAUCGGGAGCGGACAUGAAGUGUUUAUGUUCGUAUAAGGAGUCUCUGAUAUUGCCUUCUCUAGGCAUUGAUCCCGGACUUGCAUUGGGUUUACCAGUUAAGUGCAACCUCCCUGCUCCACCAUGUUAG